AUGACCCUGCCAGAAUUUUCCAGGUCUUUCCUGCCUUCGACCACUGUUUUAACAUUUGCGACAGUAGGGAAAAACGCAAUUACGCUUACAUGUCUAGAUCUGCAAGCUCUGACGGAACGUACAGGCUCACCGGCCCCCAGUGCGAGUUCCGGUGGUGGAGUGGCGUCAACGGACUAUAUUCCAAAGCCAAAACCCAAAGGGGCGAAACCCCCUAAUGUGUUCUCCAAUGAUGGUUCGUUUCUGGACAGGAUACGACGGUCUAUGAAGGAAGAAGAGGAUAAAAAGAAAGAAAAAGAAGCCCUCGAAAGGAAGAAACAUUUUGCAGAUCGCUUCAAAACCAGAGGAAAGCGACCACCUCCUACAACCAUCCAAUCCGCCGCAUCAGACACAACCACGCCUGAAACUGACGAGUCUCCAACAAAGAAACUAAAGCUCGAUGGGGAGCUGAGUAUAAACAAGGGGGACAGAGAGAAGGCUGGCCAAAAUGCACAAGCUGAAUAUCACAAAGCCAUGGAAUCCUACCCAGGGAGCCUCAAGGACGGUGGAACUGGUGUAAGACCUCUGAUUAAGUGA